ACGUGUUAGGAUCUUGUUCUAAUUAGCUAUGUGAUAUCCUAUUUGAGCAUGUAUGAUUUAUUUGUCAGCGUGUACAUGUGUGCAUGAGUGCGCGGGAGCGCGCGUGUUGGGUGUUCAUGGUCAAGUAGCAGGAAUCGGGAUGAGCUUUGCUUACAUUGAAUCCAUUAAGCCUACAGGCCACAGCCAUAUGACUGACUCAGUGUAAUUAAAGCUUGCUUGUAAUUGUGUAAAGCGGCUGUGAAACCAGUCUUACGAGUUCUUGAGAACUCGAGAGAGAGAGAGAGAGAGAGAGAGAGAGAGAGAGCUGGUAACAGGUACGCAGGUAAAGGUGGAUCCGGAAAGAAGCUUGUUUUUAGAGGACGACAGAGCAGGUCACCAUGUCAGCUGAGAAUGAAGGCUUGGCUCACUGUAAGUUCAUCCUGAUCUUUGCCGUCCUGAUGGACCUGCUCGGGAUCACCUCUGUCCUGAUUGGGGUCUUUGCCCCGCUGGAGGUUAAAGGUCGUGAUUUUGGUGACCUGCUGGUGUACUCCGGCGUGCUGCUGGUGCUGCUGUCCAUGGCAGGCUGGGUCAUGUGGUACAGCGGAAACAUCGAGGGCUUGAGCUCAGCGAAGGAGCUGAGCGACCUCAAAGCGGGCGCUGUGGACCGUCUGGCUCGCUCGCUCAGUCAGCGCAUCCGCAAGAGCCGCCGCAGUCACGCCACAGCCUGACCUCUGACCCCGCCCGACCACCGUCCAUACAGCUCUUCAGACUGGCCAGCACACAUUACAAUAAUCACUUGUCUUCAGGGACAGCAUAUCGUCGCUGUCCAAAAUAAAAGUAUCUAUAAAUGGUCAGUUUACAAGAGAAGGCAAAAAGGUUCCUAGUUUUACUGUAAGUCAAUGUAAUGAUAUUGUGUUGCCAAGUCAUUUUGGACCAACUUUUUUUUGGACAGUGAUGACAUUGUUAUUUUGUUUCACAUUAUUGGAGACAUUUUGAUUCAUAAUCAUAUGCUCAGAAUUAUCAUUGCACCUUUCUCUAAAAUGUUCUAUUACUAGGUAAGAUCUAGUAUUAUGACACUAAUGAAAGACUGUGAACAAAGGCUUCUUUUCCUCUGACGCAAAACAAGCCCAUCUACAGAUAAUGUAAAAAUGCAUUAUCAUGGUUUGUCAUUACAAUCACACUCUUGUGUGAGUGAAGAAACUAUCCUCCUUGAAUGUAUUUGUUUCUCAAUGGUAUUAUAUUACACUGCAGACUAAUAAAUCUGUAAUUUAAACCCCUGACAUUUUAAUAAUGGACCUAUCAAGUGCACUCCAUGUUACAUGAAAUGUUAACGUUGUCCACGCUGCACUUAAUCUGUAAAUACUGUAAGAAAAAGCAUGAGCAAAGACUGUUUACAAAAAAUGUGGUGUACAUAAAGGCACAUUUCAGCAAU